UUUUUUGCAGCUGUCUCUUCUUUCGACUUUCAUCCAAUUCCAAAUGCAGCUCCUUCGACUUCGAGUAUGAGCGACGGCCCUUAGCUUAAACCAUUGUCGUUUCAUGGGGGAGGAAAGAAAUUACCAUAGUUGAGAUCUUCGGAAAUUGAUCGCUGGAGAUUUUUCCGAUCUUAUAUCAUGGACUCCAUGGACACUGAUACUCCUGAUCAAAGUAACAGAGAUGCACCGGUUCGCCUUCUGCUGAGGCCAGUGAGGCCAAUGGAAUCUGGUGUAGGUUUACCUUAUGCUCCUGAAAAUUGGCCUAAGCCCGGAGAUAUUUGGAGUUGGAAGGUAGGACCGAGAGUAGGCGGUAGAGGCACCUUUAAGGAUAGGUACUUAUAUCCUCCUAAGCAUCUCCCGGGUUUAGAUACUGAAAUGACGCGGAGAGGUAACGCCUUUAGGAGCAGGCUCUCACUUGAACGCUACAUUCGUCGAGCCUUCCCUAAAGCAGAUGUUCGCAAGUUCUUUGCUUCUUUCACCUGGACUAUACCCAGUACAGAUGGUCAGGUUCAUUCAACUCUACAUCUCUACACCUAUGUUAUAUGCUAUACUCAGAAGUCAGAAUAUAUACAAUUUCCAACAGGACUUUUUCCCCUCCCUUUCUUUAUGGAUGUUUUUUGGACAUCCAGAACUCCUGUUAUCUCUUAUUGCUUGUAUUUUGUUUCUACAAUUUUUGAACUAUAUGAAUCACUUUUUAACAUUCUGAACGAAAAGCUGUUUUCUUGGCAUUGUGAUAUUCUUUUCUGUUUGAUAGGCAUGAGUCAGAAGCAGUGUCUAGUGCCAGUGUAUAGCUCAGAUGAAGAUCCAAUGCAUGAGAACGGUUUUGAUAAUGUGGUUUGUAAGGCUGGUAAUGACAAAUGCAGGAGCUUGAUGCCACCAAGUGACACCAAACCUUUACCCGCAAUGCCUUGUAACAUUUGUUGUAGUGAACCUAGUUUCUGCUCUGAUUGCUGUUGCAUCCUUUGCUGCAAAUCAAUAAGCUUAGAGCAUGAAGGUUAUAGCUAUGUCAAAUGUGAAGCUGUGGUUUCCGAAGGUUAUAUAUGUGGACAUGUUGCUCAUAUUAACUGUGCUCUUCGAGCUUACGUGGCCGGAACCAUUGGAGGUAGCAUUGGGUUGGAUGCUGAAUACUACUGCAGGCGAUGUGACGCCAGAAAGGACUUAGUUCCACAUGUUAGCAGGUUCCUCGAAAUAUGUCAGACUGUAGAAUAUCAAGGCGACGUGGAAAAGAUCUUGAAUCUCGGUAUUUGUAUCCUGCGAGGCUCACGAAGAGACAAUGCUAAGGAACUGCUGAAUUGUAUCGAAUCAACGGUCAUCAAGCUUAAAUGCGGCACGAGCUUGGAAAAUCUUUGGAAUGAUGAUGCACCAACCAUAUGGUCAGAUUUCUCUGACAUUGGAGAAUCUAAAGGCAAUGAUACAUUGCAAAGCCUACAAGACGUGACACCGAUCGAGCCCAUGCCAUUCAAUCAUGAGGCUGAGAUGCACAAACUCGAGGAAGAAAUCCGUGACGUUCUAAAGGGGCUGAGAGGGGCUCAGGAAUCUGAGUAUCAAAUUGCAGAAGCCAGACUUUAUGCUCAAAAAGAAUGUCUCGAUGAUCUGUAUAGGCAACUUGAGAAGGAGAAGUCAGAGCUAUCGAGGUGUGGAUCAGGUACUGAUGCAGAUAGCUUGAUGACUAAUGUGGUGAAGAGACUGGAUCAGAUUAGAAGAGAAGUCACAAAGCUUAAGGAAAUGGAAGAAGUAGCUAAGGGAUUUGGCAGGACACCUAGAGGAAUUCUUGAGGAGUACUUUCAUCUAAACAUCGAGGAGUAAAAAUCUAUUAAGCAAAGCAACAAUUACAACUGUACAUUCGUUAUUACUUGUAACAUUUGUCUGCUAAGUUCUUUUGAAUUCUUCUUCGUGUAUCAGAGUUUUG